CUCUCACGGUCAGCAUGAUCCAAAAUGGCUUCCGAGAAGGCUGUUUCCGUCAUUCUAGUUGUCGUAUUUGCUGGAGUUCUAGUGCACAUUACUUACCUAGCCUCUAUAUUCGACAUUUAUUUUACUUCUCCUCUAGUUCAUGGCAUGACGCCGCAGAAAUCGUCCUUGGAUCCGCCUGCGAAAAGGCUGGUGUUGUUUGUUGCGGAUGGACUUCGGGCGGACAAGUUUUUCGAGCAGGACGAAAACGGACUUACAAGAGCUCCAUAUCUUCGCCAUAUUAUAGAAUCGCAAGGCUGCUGGGGCGUAUCACACACGAGAGUUCCUACAGAGUCACGACCGGGGCAUGUCGCACUGAUCGCUGGGUUUUAUGAAGAUGUCAGUGCUGUGGCAAAAGGUUGGAAAGAAAACCCAGUUGAGUUUGACUCUUCAUUUAAUGAGACCCAAUUCACAUGGUCCUGGGGAAGUCCAGACAUUCUUCCAAUGUUUGCAAAGGGAGCAACAGGUGACCACGUCUUCACGUCUAUGUACCCUGCUACAGAAGAGGACUUUGCUGACAAAGAUGCUGCCAAACUAGACUCCUGGGUAUUUGACAAAGUGGAGGAGUUUUUCAUUGAAGCUAAGAGUAACCAUUCACUUUUUGAGAAAGUCUCCAAAGGACAGAUCAUAUUUUUUCUUCAUCUUCUUGGAAUUGACACCAAUGGUCAUGCCCAUCGCCCAAGUUCACUGGAAUACCUGAACAACAUUGCCUUUGUAGAUAAAGGAAUAAAAAAGACAGUUCAACUUAUUGAUGACUUCUUUGGCAAUGAUGCAUCAACUGCAUUUGUUCUCACAUCUGAUCACGGCAUGACAAACUGGGGUUCACAUGGUGCAGGCCAUGCCCAUGAAACACUUACACCCCUUGUUGCGUGGGGUGCAGGUAUAAGGGGACCAAUAACCUCAGAUGGCACAGGUAGUCAGGAUGGUUUGUCAUCAUUAUGGAAACUGACUCAUCUUCAAAGAAAUGACGUUAACCAGGCUGAUAUUGCACCUCUGAUGACAUCAUUAAUUGGUGUUCCCUAUCCUUUGAACUCUGUUGGUAUCCUACCCACUGCCUAUCUUAACAACACACCUCACUAUCUUGCCGAGAACCUGUUCACAAAUGCAAAGCAGAUACUGGCCCAAUACCAAGUUAAAGAGACCUUCAGGAAGGACACUUCUCUGAUCUUCCGACCAUUCAGAGCUCUUGCAGGAGCUCAACAACUUGGCAUGCUUCGUGACAUUAAGUCUGCGUUACGCUCAAAGGAUUAUGAUCAGGCUUCACAACUUAGUCGUCAUUUAAUGGACUUGGCUUUGGAAGGCCUGAACUAUUACCAGAACUAUGAUAGAGUGUUCCUAAAUACAACUGUCACACUUGGAUUUGUAGGGUGGAUAUGUUGUGUCAUACUGUGGAUUGUACAGCAACAUACAGACAUUACAAAACAAGCAACAAAAAGCUACCAACAGAUUUCAGCCUUUAAGAAAGGAAAGCAACACUUGCUUAUCAACACUGGCUGUGCUGGACUUGGGGUUUUAGAGAUUCUUGUGCUGGCCUAUCAGACAGCCCCAGUAAUGUACUACAUUUACUGCAUGAUGCCAUUAUUUUUCUGGAACCAUCUUGCAAAACAAACAGAUACUAUAACAUCCAUUUGGAGAUACAUCUGUACAAACAAUCUUGGCAAGCGACUUAUGGCGACAUUGAUUUUUGGUGUACUAACAAUAGAAAUUCUAGUCUUAAGUUUUUUCCACCGAGAGGUUCUCUGCCUAGGACUUGGGUGUUUUUGUAUCUGGGUAUUGUUACUGACAAGGGCAUGUUGGUCUGCAAGACUUUUUUGGAUUCUCUCUGCUCUUGGCUUAGCAAUUUUCCCAUUACUCCCUGUUGUAGGACGAGAGGCUAAUUAUCCUUUGGUUAUAUUAGCAGGAUUUCUCUCCAUCGCAUGCUUUGGAAUGGUAUUGAUAUACAGUUGCAUCGUUAGUCCAGAGUUUUAUCAACAAGCCAAGAAAAGUGCAAGGAUUAUAGCUAUUCAAACCUUAGCGAUAGCUGUUGCAAUGUAUAUAGUCCAUAGUACUUCGAACAGUUUCAAAAUCAAGCAGGGGGUGCCUUUCGCUAACCAAACUAUGAGUUGGAUAAUCUUAUUUGCUUCGUUUGUGUUCCCAUUGUUCAGCUCCAAAAACUUGGUAUUGCGUUUGAGCAGCAUCACCUUGGGGUUCAUAUCUGUCUAUUUGCUUAUGAGUACUGCCUAUGAGGGGCUAUUUAUCCUCACUCUUUCCCUCCAAAUGUCAGCUUGGCUUGUGAUGGAACACAAGUUGUCUGGAGGAACAUUAGAAAACUUACUGACAAUGAAUAUUGGAGACACCCUAGCAAGCCAAAGACAGCCUGGAUGGAACUUCCUCAAAGAAGGGCUUGACACCUCCCUUACAAGGCCUCUCUCUCUAGAUGACCUGCGUGGUUCUUAUUUCUUUGUGUUCUUCAUUAUCACUGCAUUUUUUGGGACUGGAAACAUUGCAAGUAUCAACAGCUUCGACCCUGCAUCUGUUUAUUGUUUUAUGACAGUAUUCUCACCAUUCCUUAUGGGUACUCUGUUACUGUGUAAAGUUGUGGUUCCGUUUGUGAUUGUUACAUGUGCAUUUGAUGCAGUUCAUCUUGUACGGCAAGUCCCUGUUUAUAGCCUUUUCCUAGUUGUGCUUGUGCUUACGGAUGCAAUGGGCUUACAUUUCCUCUAUUUGGUACAGGACUAUGGGAGCUGGCUAGAGAUAGGAACCAGUAUUAGCCAUUAUGUUAUCAUGAUGGCAUUUAUUAUAUUUCUGCUUCUGAUAUUUGGAUUGUCAAGACUUCUCACAGGUGCAUCCAUAGGACUAGAGUUUAGAAAGAAGCAGGUGUAACAUUUCAAUAACCAGCAAGCCCAACAGAAAAUAUUCAUCAGCCAUUAUUAGCUAUGUUGCUGAUACAUUUGCAACUUAAUCAAGAAAUUUUAAAUUGCUAUGGUAUCGUUUCAAUGCCAUUUUUUGUCAUGGCACUGUUUUUAAAACACAGUUGUACCAGUUUACUUUUGUCCAGUUACAUCUCAAAGGAAAUUUGUUUUAUCUCAAAGAAACACUGCUUUUACAGUUUUGAAAUAUUUUUCAUGUUUACGUUAAAAAUUAGCGGAAAUUGUUACAUAAUUGGCUGGAAGUAAACUGGUGCUAUUGCAGCUUUAAUUUGUUUCAGAAAACAUGUAAAACAUAUCUGUAAGGCCUAGUUUAUACACCAUUCUUUUCAUGUACCGUUCCAAAGCAAAUGAAGCAAGUUGAUUGUUCCAUGUUCAUUUGCAUUUGGAAGGGUACAUGAAAAUACCAGCAUUUGUUCGAGGUCUAAGAGUUUUCUACUUAGUAAUGCAAAUAAAUACUUUUAUUGACA